AUGAGUGGGGGUUCGGAUGCCGAGAUGGCUAUUUUUGGUGAAGCUGCUCCAUACCUUCGAAAAUCGGAGAAGGAGCGGAUUGAGGCCCAGAACAAGCCUUUUGAUGCAAAAACAUCUGUCUUUGUGGCGGAGCCCAAGGAAUCCUAUGUGAAAAGCACCAUACAAAGCAAGGAAGGAGGGAAAGUGACCGUCAAGACGGAAAGUGGAGCGACUCUCACCGUCAAGGAGGACCAAGUCUUCCCCAUGAACCCUCCCAAGUACGACAAGAUCGAGGACAUGGCCAUGAUGACCCACCUGCACGAGCCCGGAGUGCUGUACAACCUCAAAGAGCGCUAUGCGGCCUGGAUGAUCUACACCUACUCGGGCCUCUUCUGCGUCACCGUCAACCCCUACAAGUGGCUGCCGGUGUACAACCCCGAGGUGGUGGCGGCCUACCGAGGCAAAAAGCGCCAGGAGGCCCCGCCCCACAUCUUCUCCAUCUCUGACAACGCCUACCAGUUCAUGUUGACGGAUCGCGAGAAUCAGUCCAUCCUGAUCACUGGAGAAUCUGGGGCCGGGAAGACUGUGAACACCAAGCGUGUCAUCCAGUACUUUGCAACAAUUGCAGUCACUGGGGAGAAGAAGAAGGAGGAGCCUGGCAAAAUGCAGGGGACCCUGGAAGAUCAGAUCAUCAGCGCCAACCCGCUGCUGGAGGCCUUUGGCAAUGCCAAGACAGUGAGGAAUGACAACUCCUCUCGCUUCGGCAAAUUUAUUAGAAUCCACUUUGGUACCACCGGGAAACUGGCAUCAGCAGAUAUUGAAACAUAUCUUCUGGAGAAGUCUAGAGUCACUUUCCAGCUAAAAGCUGAGAGGAGCUACCACAUUUUCUAUCAGAUCACGUCCAAUAAGAAGCCAGAACUAAUUGAAAUGCUCCUGAUCACCACCAACCCAUAUGACUACGCCUUUGUCAGUCAGGGGGAGAUCACAGUGCCCAGCAUUGAUGACCAAGAAGAGCUGAUGGCCACAGAUAGUGCCAUUGACAUCCUGGGUUUCUCAUCUGAAGAGAAAGUGUCCAUCUAUAAACUCACAGGGGCCGUGAUGCAUUAUGGGAACAUGAAGUUCAAGCAGAAGCAGCGUGAGGAGCAAGCUGAGCCAGAUGGCACUGAAGUGGCUGACAAGGCUGCCUAUCUCCAGAACCUGAACUCUGCUGACCUGCUCAAAGCCCUGUGCUACCCCAGGGUCAAGGUCGGCAAUGAGUUCGUCACCAAGGGCCAGACAGUGCAGCAGGUGUACAAUGCAGUGGGCGCCCUGGCCAAAGCCAUCUACGAGAAGAUGUUCCUAUGGAUGGUCACCCGCAUCAACCAGCAGCUGGACACCAAGCAGCCCAGGCAAUACUUCAUCGGGGUCUUGGACAUCGCUGGCUUUGAGAUCUUUGAUUUCAACAGCCUGGAGCAGCUGUGCAUCAACUUCACCAACGAGAAGCUGCAGCAGUUCUUCAACCACCACAUGUUCGUGCUGGAGCAGGAGGAGUACAAGAAGGAAGGCAUCGAGUGGGAGUUCAUCGACUUCGGGAUGGACCUGGCCGCCUGCAUCGAGCUCAUCGAGAAGCCACUGGGCAUCUUCUCCAUCCUGGAAGAGGAGUGCAUGUUCCCCAAGGCGACAGACACCUCCUUCAAGAACAAGCUGUACGACCAGCACCUAGGCAAGUCCAACAACUUCCAGAAGCCCAAGCCAACCAAAGGCAAGGCUGAAGCCCACUUCUCACUGGUGCACUAUGCGGGCACCGUGGACUACAACAUCACUGGUUGGUUGGAUAAGAAUAAGGACCCUUUGAAUGACACCGUGGUGGGGUUGUACCAGAAGUCAGCCAUGAAAACUCUGGCCAGUCUCUUCUCCACCUAUGCCAGCGCUGAAGCAGAGUCUACUCUAUUGAUGGGUUUUCUUUUCAUCUCAGAUGGCGGUGCGAAAAAAGGGGCUAAGAAGAAGGGUUCUUCUUUCCAAACCGUGUCAGCCCUCUUCAGGGAAAACUUAAACAAACUGAUGACCAACCUGAGAAGCACACACCCUCACUUUGUGCGGUGCAUCAUCCCCAAUGAAACUAAAACCCCCGGUGCCAUGGAGCAUGAACUGGUCCUGCACCAGCUGAGGUGUAACGGUGUGCUGGAAGGCAUCCGCAUCUGCCGGAAGGGCUUCCCCAGCAGGAUCCUGUACGGGGACUUCAAACAGAGAUACAAAGUUUUAAACGCAAGUGCCAUUCCAGAGGGACAGUUCAUCGACAGCAAGAAGGCCUCAGAGAAGCUCCUGGGCUCUAUUGAUAUCGACCACACCCAGUAUAAAUUCGGACAUACCAAGGUUUUCUUCAAAGCUGGCCUCCUGGGUCUCCUGGAAGAAAUGAGAGACGAAAAGCUGGCCCAGAUAAUAACAAGAACGCAAGCGGUCUGUAGGGGAUACCUAAUGAGAGUCGAGUAUCAGAAGAUGCUGCAGAGGAGAGAAGCCCUGUUCUGCAUCCAGUACAACGUCCGCGCCUUCAUGAAUGUGAAGCACUGGCCCUGGAUGAAGCUCUUCUUCAAGAUCAAACCCCUGCUGAAGAGCGCAGAGACCGAGAAGGAGAUGGCCAACAUGAAGGAGGAGUUCGAGAAAACCAAAGAGGAGCUCGCCAAGUCGGAGGCAAAGAGGAAGGAACUGGAGGAAAAGAUGGUCACUCUCCUCAAAGAGAAAAAUGACCUGCAACUCCAGGUUCAAUCGGAAGCAGACAGCUUGGCCGAUGCCGAGGAAAGGUGUGAACAACUGAUCAAAAACAAAAUCCAGCUGGAGGCCAAAAUCAAAGAGGUGACCGAGAGAGCCGAGGACGAGGAGGAGAUCAACGCCGAGCUGACAGCCAAAAAGAGGAAGCUGGAGGAUGAGUGCUCAGAGCUGAAGAAAGACAUCGACGACCUUGAGCUGACCCUGGCCAAGGUGGAGAAGGAGAAGCACGCCACAGAGAACAAGGUGAAAAACCUCACGGAGGAGAUGGCGGGCCUGGACGAAAAUAUCGCCAAGCUGACCAAGGAGAAGAAGGCCCUCCAAGAGGCCCACCAGCAGACCCUGGAUGACCUGCAGGCAGAGGAGGACAAAGUCAACACUCUGACCAAAGCCAAAACCAAGCUUGAACAGCAAGUAGACGAUCUUGAAGGAUCACUGGAGCAGGAAAAGAAGCUUCGGAUGGACCUAGAAAGAGCGAAGAGGAAGCUGGAGGGGGACCUCAAGCUGGCCCAAGAAUCCACAAUGGACAUAGAAAAUGACAAACAGCAACUUGAUGAGAAGCUUAAAAAGAAGGAGUUUGAAAUCAGCAAUCUGAUGAGCAAAAUUGAAGAUGAGCAAGCCGUAGAAACCCAGCUACAGAAGAAGAUCAAGGAGCUGCAGGCCCGCAUCGAGGAGCUGGAGGAGGAAAUCGAGGCAGAGAGGGCCUCCAGAGCCAAAGCAGAGAAGCAGCGCUCUGACCUCUCCCGGGAACUGGAGGAGAUCAGCGAGAGGCUGGAAGAAGCUGGCGGGGCUACUUCUGCCCAGAUUGAGAUGAACAAGAAGAGAGAGGCUGAGUUCCAGAAGCUCCGCAGGGACCUGGAGGAGGCAACUCUGCAGCAUGAAGCCACAUCAGCCGCCCUUCGGAAGAAGCACGCGGACAGUAUGGCAGAGCUUGGGGAGCAGAUCGACAACCUGCAGCGGGUCAAGCAGAAGCUGGAGAAGGAGAAGAGCGAGCUGAAGAUGGAGAUCGACGACCUUAGCAGUAAUGCAGAGACAGUCGCCAAAGCCAAGGGAAACCUUGAAAAGAUGUGCCGCACCCUGGAGGACCAGGUGAGUGAGCUGAAGAGCAAGGAGGAGGAACAGCAGCGGCUGAUUAAUGAGCUGACGGCUCAGAGAGCACGCCUGCAGACGGAAGCAGGUGAGUAUUCCCGACAGUUAGAUGAGAAAGACGCCUUAGUCUCUCAGCUCUCAAGAAGCAAGCAGGCAUUUACCCAGCAGAUUGAGGAGCUGAAGCGUCAGCUUGAGGAAGAAACCAAGGCCAAGAAUGCGCUGGCCCACGCCCUGCAGUCCUCCCGCCAUGACUGUGACCUGCUGCGGGAACAGUACGAGGAGGAGCAGGAAGGCAAAGCUGAAUUGCAGAGGGCCAUGUCCAAGGCCAACAGCGAGGUGGCUCAGUGGAGGACCAAAUAUGAGACGGAUGCCAUCCAGCGCACGGAGGAGCUGGAGGAGGCCAAGAAGAAGCUGGCUCAGCGUCUGCAGGCGGCUGAGGAGCACGUGGAAGCUGUGAACGCCAAGUGUGCUUCCCUGGAGAAGACGAAGCAGCGGCUGCAGAACGAGGUGGAGGACCUCAUGCUGGACGUGGAGAGGACCAACGCGGCCUGCGCCGCCCUGGACAAGAAGCAGAGGAACUUCGACAAGGUCCUAGCCGAAUGGAGACAGAAGUAUGAGGAAACUCAGGCUGAGCUGGAGUCCUCCCAGAAGGAGUCCCGUUCUCUCAGCACCGAGCUGUUCAAGGUGAAAAAUGCCUACGAGGAGUCUCUGGAUCACCUUGAGACUCUGAAGAGAGAAAACAAGAAUCUGCAACAGGAGAUUUCUGACCUCACUGAGCAGAUUGCAGAGGGAGGGAAGCAUAUCCAUGAGCUGGAGAAAGUAAAGAAACAAGUGGAACAAGAGAAAUGUGAGAUCCAGGCUGCUUUAGAGGAAGCGGAGGCAUCUCUGGAGCACGAGGAGGGAAAGAUCCUGCGCAUCCAGCUGGAGCUGAACCAAGUCAAGUCUGAGAUUGACAGGAAGAUUGCCGAGAAGGACGAGGAGAUCGACCAGCUGAAGAGAAACCACAUUAGAGUCGUGGAGUCCAUGCAGAGCACGCUGGACGCAGAGAUCAGGAGCAGGAACGAUGCUCUGAGAGUCAAGAAGAAGAUGGAGGGAGAUCUGAAUGAGAUGGAAAUCCAGCUGAACCACGCCAACCGCUUGGCUGCUGAGAGCUUGAGGAACUACAGGAACACCCAAGGCAUGCUGAAGGACACUCAGCUGCACCUCGAUGAUGCUCUCCGCGGCCAGGAGGACCUGAAGGAGCAACUGGCGAUUGUGGAGCGCAGAGCCAACCUGCUGCAGGCUGAGAUGGAGGAGCUGCGGGCCACGUUAGAGCAGACAGAAAGGAGCAGGAAGAUUGCAGAGCAGGAACUGCUGGAUACCAGUGAGCGCGUGCAGCUCCUCCACACCCAGAACACAAGCCUCAUCAACACCAAAAAGAAGCUGGAAAAUGAUGUUUCACAGCUCCAGAGUGAAGUGGAAGAAGUGAUUCAAGAGUCACGCAACGCAGAAGAGAAGGCCAAGAAAGCCAUCACCGACGCCGCCAUGAUGGCGGAGGAGCUGAAGAAGGAGCAGGACACCAGCGCCCACCUGGAGCGGAUGAAGAAGAACCUGGAGCAGACAGUGAAGGACCUGCAGCACCGUCUAGAUGAGGCUGAGCAACUGGCACUGAAGGGUGGCAAGAAGCAGAUCCAGAAACUGGAGGCCAGGGUCCGUGAACUUGAAGGAGAGGUUGAGAAUGAACAGAAACGAAACGCCGAGGCCGUGAAAGGGUUACGGAAACACGAGAGAAGAGUAAAGGAACUUACCUACCAGACGGAGGAGGACCGCAAGAAUGUGCUCAGGCUGCAGGACUUGGUAGAUAAGUUACAGGCGAAGGUGAAAUCCUACAAGAGACAAGCUGAGGAGGCCGAGGAACAAUCCAACACCAACCUGGCCAAAUUCCGCAAGCUCCAGCAUGAGCUGGAGGAGGCUGAGGAGCGGGCCGACAUUGCCGAGUCCCAGGUCAACAAGCUGCGGGUGAAGAGCCGAGAGGUCCACACCAAAGUCAUAAGUGAAGAGUAG